AAUUUGUGAUAACCUUCAAUUCAAAUUUUACUAUUUUAAUAUCAUUUUCAUUUUUAUUAAUCAACAGCAUAACAGCAACACUACGUAAAUAUUAUAUUAAAAUGGCUAAUACCCUGAAAUAUUUCAAUAAAGUAAAUCAAAACAUAAGAUUACUAUCCACCACUAAUGUGAAAAGCGAUGCCUGGCUAUCUAAAAUAUUCGUGAGAAAAAUUGAACCUACCAAGGAAUCCCAUAGUCGUAUGUUGAGUGACAAAGAAAUUAUUUAUUCCUUACAAACACAUAACUACAGACCUGAUUCCAAGAUUGCCUAUUUGAACAAUGUUAAAAACACUGUUGAUUUCAUUAAAGCCCAAGACUCCCUUAGUAAAGACGUUGAACUAGUAGGAUCAUGGACUGUUAAUGUUGGUGAUCAAGAUCAAGCACUGCAUUUAUGGAAAUUUACAGGUGGUUAUGAAAAAAUUGAUCAUUUCAAUAAUGUUGUAGGAAGUAGUCAGGACUACCAUAAGCUCACAGAAGAACAGGGUAGGAUUGUAAGGUCACGUCAUUUACAAUAUCUUUUAGCCUUCAGUUACUGGCCUCAAAUAUUACUCAGAGAGCCAAAAAAUAUAUAUGAAAUACGUAGCUAUGCACUGAAGCCUGGUACGAUGAUUGAAUGGGGGAAUAAUUGGGCUAGAGCAAUCAACUAUAGGCAGAACAAUGAUGAAGCUUUCGCCGGAUUUUUCUCACAAGUGGGAAGAUUGUACAAUGUACAUCAUAUAUGGUGCUAUAACAACUUGAAUGGGAGGAAAGAAACAAGAGAGAGUGCGUGGCGAUCACCAGGCUGGGAUGAAUGUGUUGCUUAUACAGUUCCGCUGAUCAGAGAGAUGCACUGUCGUAUUAUGGUGCCAACAGAAUUUUCACCUACUCAGUAGUUCUACAAGUGUGAAAAAAAUGAGAUACUCAAGAAGGAUUUCAAUUAUUACGGAUAAUUAAGGAUAUUAUACUAUUGUAGGUCAUAGUUAUCAUUAUUUUAUAAGCGAAAACAUUGUAUUGUACAGGUAUAUCGAGUGAACUGAUUUAAAAUUCACCUUUAGGUGGCAUUGGGUUUGACAUCCUAUAGGUAGUAGUAGUUAGAAGUGAAAAAAUAUGUGCCACUUAUUAUGUGGAGUCAUCCUCUAUAUAAGCAUCAACAUUUUUACAGCUCAGACAGUUUUUAAAUAAACGCUCCAAAUAAUUCUUUCAACUCUUUCGCAGCAGAAUAUGAUUCUGUCACGUUGGCUUUUAGUGAUUUUCAUAAAAGUAUAUUGUGAUAACAUUGUCCAAAGAUUUUUUUAAAUGGGUAUAGCUAGGUAAGUUCAAUUUCCAAAUGAACAAUCAUUUUGAAAUACAAAUUAAAACUGCAUACUUCUAAUUCAAGAAACAUUCAAUUACGUUUGCUUCACAAAUUCACACACUCAUUGAAAGUCAAGUAUGACGUUAUGAAUUGGGAAUAUUAUUGUAGAACAAAAUAAAAAUUUCCUUUCCGACGAUCCAAAAGAUACAUUUUGUUGUUGUUUGAUAUUUCAACAUUUGUAAAAUUUACGAAAUAACUAUGAAUAACUAAAUCAAGUCGUCAGUUCCACCUGGUUUGAGACAUAUCCUUCCUUAUUGUGACCCCUACUUACAAAUUCAACUAUACGAGGUGAAAAAAAAACUCAAUAUAUAAAAGUUGUGGGGGUUCUACUGUACUAUCUUUUGGAUUUCCUUAACUGAACAGAUGCGAAUCGCAAAAUAAAAAAAAAAGUCCAUGAGUACAUGAAACACCCUGUAUAUUUCCACCUCUACCAAAAAGCUCUUUUCCUUCUGUUCACAAAUAUAUAUCCCAGAUCUUUUCAUACCUACAGCAAAUAUUUCAGUUGUGCUGCUUGGAAAAAUAAUUUGAAAAAUUACACUUGUAAAACCCAAAUGACUUUGGAGCCAUCGUGUCAAAGUCAACUUCUGUCAAACUAUCCCUGAGAAGCCACCUCCAACUUCAAUUAUUCAAGUUACACCCUAUACAUUUUUUGUUGAUUUGUGAAGUGCAAUAAAUUCUAACAUCAACGAUGUAUCACACUUGAUAAUUUGACUGAUGUCCAAUUGACAGAAUACUGAUUUGGUGUAAACGUGGAAGACAUUUUCUCAGUUGGAUAUACCUAUAAACUGGCUAUAAGACGCGUGCACGAACAACUGUCAAAAAACAUAACAAAAGAGAUGAUCUACACCUGAUACUGUUUUUCCUUCGAAUUUUUCAAUUUUGGUAGUAUAACUACGAUAAAACUAGCUCAAAUAUUACUCAAACCCAAACAUCAAAAUAAGUUGAUCCCAGCGCCAAAUUGGCCCGUCUACUUCCCUUACAAGACGGAAAAUUUCGUUUUUUCGCAGUUUUUCGCCUAUACUUUGAAAACUAUGAGGUUUAGCCCAAAGCUCACCCCACACAAAAAUGAUCUAUAUUGGAUUCUAAAAAAAAAAAAUUCCCACAACUUUUUUGUUAAAUGAACGGUUACGGAAAUAUGGAGGGGGAAAAUUGCAACACCUUUUUUAGGAUGAAAAUGUUUCUUUUAAAAAAACAUGAAAAAUGCUAAAGUUUUC